CUAUCCUACUUGGAAGCAGCCACUUAGAGAUCAGUUAAAAAAGAGGAGGAGGGAGAGAGAGUGGGGGAGGCGAGAAGGUCAGCAUCUUGCCAGCUGAGGUGACUAAGACUGGACUCAGAGCUGUGGGAAAAGCAGGGCACGGGAGGUUUUGUUUGCAGGGUUUAACUUUAUCUGACUGCUACUAAAAGUUCUACUAGAAAAAGGCUGGAAAAAAGGAGACAGACUCACAGGAGGAACUGUGUAAAAUAAUCAGAAGCUCCUGUUGUUGCUGUAUUGAGGCAUGAUGACACAACAGGUCAGUGGCUUACUGUUCUUCAAACCCUUCUUUCAGAAGACACCUGUCAGGGUGGACAGCUCUCUGCAACAGAGGCGGCACACACUCCCAGCCAGCGAGUUCAGGAACCUCACACCACAGGAUGCCAUCAGUGUGUUCGAGAUUGAAAGAGAAGCAUUUAUAUCUGUGUCUGGAGAGUGUCCACUUACCCUGGAUGAAGUUCUUAACUUCCUGGGUCAGUGCCCUGAGCUGUCUCUGGGCUGGUUUGAAGAGGGACAGCUGGUAGCUUUCAUCAUCGGCUCUGGCUGGGACAAGGAGAGGCUUUCACAGGAGGCCAUGACUCAGCAUGUCCCAGACAGCUCCACUGUGCACAUCCAUGUGCUGUCUGUGCACCGCCACUGCCGCCAGCAGGGAAAGGGCUCCAUCAUCUUGUGGCGCUACUUGCAGUACGUGAGCUGCAUGCCAGGCCUCCGUCGAGCUCUGCUGAUCUGCGAGGAUUUCCUCGUGCCCUUCUACCUCAAGGCUGGCUUCAAGGAGAUAGGGCCAUCAGCCAUCACAGUAUCUAACAUGCACUUCCAAGAGAUGGAGUACACUCUAUCUGGACAGGCGUACUCACGGCGGAACAGCGACUGCUAGUCCUUCAAUCCUUACCCUGCACUCUCCACUCCACUUAUUUCUAACAUGGACUCUUGUCAAGCACAAAAUACUGCAGCAGGAGAAAAGAGGACACGAAUAUAGCUGGCCUGGGUUCGGUAUCCUAAUGCGUCCCCUGAUCCACUGAACAUGGAGUUAAGUCUGUGUUAAGGCCUGAGGGGAACAACAGUGGAUUUAGGUGCUCAAGCAACAAAAUGAACCUGUUGCUUUUCUCAGUUAUCUAUUUAUCUAGUCUUCUGUCACUUGUACAAUAGAUUAAUAAUGUUUUUAAUUAUUAUAGAAGGCAAUUACUGUAAACAACAUCUCAGUGUAAAUACAAUUCUAUUUUUAUAAACCAUACAAAUCCAAGCUGUAAUACAAUCCCA